AAAUGGCACAAAAGUAUUUAAAAGAUAUCAGUUUGGUGGACUUUCUCGUUAGCCAAACAAACACUAAUCGGUAUUUUCCAACUCCCACGUCGAUUUGUUCACUUUUUUUCCUUUUUGUUUGAGUUUAAGAAAUAUAAUGGGAAAAGGGAGAAAUUUGCGGGAAAGUUUAGAGAGAAGGCAUUUAUUUAGUUGUUCGGGUUUAAUUUGCUUCAUUUUUGGCUCGUGAAUCGGCUCCUCCACUCCGCUCCGGCACCCCCAUCAUCUUCUCUGACGAAUCCGAAUAGCCCGAUAGCUGAAGUGGGUUCUGGUUGCCGAUUGCCGAUUUCCCGAUUCAGAUUUCUAGGCGUUUCAUUUAUUGAGAUUCUAUUUUGGGAGCUGUAUCAAUUUGCAUGAUUGCAACAAUUUAGUUUAUUGUAAGCUGUUCCUUUGCCUGGGUGUUAAGCGGGCUUCAAUCCUUGAACGGUGAUGCAAAUUUGGAAAUCUUAAGUGCCGGAAUGAAUACGUUGAAUGCGGGAAUUUGUUGGAUAGGUGAGGACUUUGAAUGAGGCAGCAAUGUGGUGUUUAGCGGAGCAAUGGAAGUUAGAUCUGAGGGUAUACAGGUCAGGUGCGAUAAACUCCCAGCUCCUGUAAUUCCGAGAACCCGUUUGCAGGUUUGGUUUGUUCGUGUCUGCUCCAGCAUUUUGCUUUGGACAUUUUUGGUUCAGCUCGUAGCAUUUGGGAAGCUAUGGCAUCCGCCUUUUAUAUCCAAUAUAACCAAUCGAAUUUCGCAAGUCACCGGGCUUCCAUUUUCUCUACACGUCGAAGAGUCCGUUCAAUCGACGCCGCUUCUUCCAGAAAGAAACUAUUCAAGUAAUGGUUAUCUUCGGGUGUCCUGCAAUGGGGGCUUAAAUCAAAUGCGCGCUGCGAUCUGUGAUAUGGUGACUGUUGCUCGUCUUUUGAACUUGACAUUGGUUGUUCCAGAACUCGAUAAAACAUCUUUCUGGGCAGACCCUAGUAAUUUUGAUGACAUAUUUAAUGUGAGGCAUUUUAUUGAUUCACUGAGGGACGAAGUUCGCAUUGUCAGAAGAAUACCAAAAAAGUUCAAUAGGAAACAUGGAUUCACACCAUUUGCUAUGCCUCCUGUUAGCUGGUCAAAUGAAAAAUAUUAUUUAGAACAGGUUCUUCCUCUCUUUAGGAAGCAUACGGUGUUACAUUUUAAUAAAACAGAUACACGCUUGGCAAACAAUGGAAUCCCAUAUCAUCUACAGAAACUCAGAUGUCGUGUCAAUUUCCAGGCACUGAAAUUUUCCCCCCAGAUUGAGACACUGGGUUACAAGUUAAUUCGUCUACUUCAAGAAAAGGGACCUGUUGUGGUCUUGCAUCUGAGAUACGAGAUGGAUAUGCUUGCGUUUUCUGGCUGUACACAUGGCUGUACUAAGGAAGAAGCUGAUGAGCUCAAGCAGAUGAGGUAUGCAUUCCCUUGGUGGAGGGAGAAGGAGAUAUUUUCUGAAGAGAGGAGAUCACAAGGUCUGUGUCCUCUGACCCCAGAGGAGGCAGCAUUGACACUGCAGGCCUUGGGUUUUAACAAGGAGACGCAGAUAUAUAUUGCAGCCGGAGAAAUUUAUGGUAGUGAACGAAGACUUGCAACUCUUAGGGCAGCCUUUCCACUGAUUGUGAAAAAGGAAACAUUGCUAUCCCCAGAAGAAUUGCAGCUAUUUCGAAAUCAUUCGUCUCAAAUGGCAGCUUUAGAUUUUAUGGUUUCAGUAGCCAGUAACACUUUCAUUCCUACCUAUGAUGGUAACAUGGCAAGACUUGUUGAAGGUCACCGCAGAUACCUGGGGUUUAAGAGAACAAUAACACUGGACAGAAAAAAGCUAGUGGAAUUACUGGAUAUGCAUCAGAACAGUACACUUCCUUGGGAUGACUUUGCAGCUGCAGUAAGAUCUGCGCAUGAGAAAAGGCAGGGACAGCCAAUGCAACGUAGAGCAAUUCCAGACAAGCCAAAGGAAGAAGAUUACUUCUAUGCAAAUCCUCAUGAAUGCUUCUGCGAGGGAGCAAACUGCAACGACUCGCUAAGCCAUAGUAACUCAAGUAAACUACUCUAACUGCCACUGGCCAAAUCAAGAAUCACCUUCCAUGGCAUUCCAGGGGGAAUUUUCCACUUCAAUGUGGUGAGAAAAUCGUCUCGCUUUCAUUGCACAUCACCCGGUUAUGUCGAUAUUCAACCCUAAGAGUUUUAUACAAAGCAAUAUGAAUAAGAUCCUUCAGAAUUCUCCCUUGGACAUCCAAGCAUUUGUUUAUAUAAUUUAUUUGUUUGAUGUAAUUUCUAUCCUGCUAUAAAAAUGUUAUCAUUUGUAUCAGAUGUGAGAUGUCAACAAUUUUUCCAGAUGCUUAUUAGAGCUGUUCGAGGUAUGGCUUAA